GAACCACGUUGCUUUGGCAGGCACGUUGUGGAACCUUACACUCACAUCAUCACCAUCAGCAUCACCAUCAUCAUCAUCAGCGUCAGCGCACUCCUCAGACACGCAUCACAUCACAACACAGCACCGCCGACACACACAUACUUUCCCACAAACGCUUCCACGCGAUAGCAUACAGACAGACACCACCGCUAUGGUUGGCUCGUACGAUCUGCCGUAUUGGAAGGGGUUUGUGGCGUCAUCCCUGGGACCCGCAACAGCUGUGCUGUUCACAAACCCGUUUGAAGUGGCAAAGGUACACCAGCAGAUGCACGGCGAGCUGUCGCAGACGCGCGCACGGCCGUCCCUCGCAACCGUCUUCAGGAACGUGUACACAAAGGGCGGCAUCUCAGGCUUGCAAGCGGGACUUUCGGCAGCCAUUGCGAGGGAAGGCACCAAGAACAUUUUUCGAAUCGGCGCAUACGAGCCAAUCCUAGAUGGCCUGAAGAAGCUACAAGGCGCAGACAAGGCCACCAUCCCCACACGCAUUGUCGCCGGCGCUGCGAGCGGCAUCCUCGCCUCGUACACAUGCAACCCACUUGACCUCCUCAAGACGCGCAUGCAGGCACGUGACCUCAUUGGCCUGUCCGCCAACCACGGCCCCAUCACCGAGGUGCGCGCGCUCAUGAAGGAGGGCGGGGUGGCACGGCUAUGGCGCGGAAGCCACGUCAGCGCCUUCAGAAGCGCGCUGGCAACCGGCACCAACCUGCCUGCAUACACGGUGGUGAAGGAGUACCUGUUGCAGCAGCGCGGGCUGAAGGACGGGACCGUGGUGCAUGUGACAUCGGCAAUGCUGGCAGCGUUCUGCACGUGCGUGGCCAACAACCCUGUCGACGUGCUGCGGAGCCGGCUGUAUAACCAGCAGGCGUCGCGCACACUGUACACGUCCGCGUGGGACGCGUUUGUGAAGGUGCUUCGCAUUGAGGGGCCCACCGCGUUCUACAAGGGGUUUUGGUCCCACUACAUCCGCGCAGGGCCCCACUACGUGCUGACGUUUGCCUUCCUGGAGAAGAUUCGAUACGUCAUGCACAAGUACACGUGAGGCGAGUGGCGACUGGCGAGUGACAGUUGGUGCUUGGUGAGUGGUGAGUGGUGGAGUGGGCGAGGGAUUGCGUGGCGAUUGGUAAUUGGUGGCUGAUUGAGUGGCAAUUGGUGCGUGGUGAGUGGUGGCUGUUUGAGGUUGUGGACAUGGAGCCUGUGACCGGUGACAGAUGAGCAUGUGGACAUGGAGCAUGUGAUUGGUGAUUGGUGAUCGGUGGAUGGUGAGUGGUGGAUGGUGGAUGGUGAUUGGUGAGUGGUGGUGAUGAAUGGUGGUGCAAACAUAACCAAUCAGCAAGUGACAGUGACUGACUAUGAUAGCUAUUAGUGGAGGUGGGAGUGGGCAUCAGUGUUCCUGCUGACGCACGUGUGCAUGCACUCAGGUUGUGCACGUGUUAGAUAGGAGCGUGUGUGGGGCGAUGUGUGCAGAGGGAGGCGUGCAUGUGCUUUUGCGUGAGGAGGUGGUGAUGAUGAGCGUUGUUGACCUGAUACAUAAUUUAGCACGUGUGCGUUGCGUCACGUCAUGUGACGACACUUUGUGUUCGUUCCUUCUCUGCCUUUCCUUUGAUUUUGCUUCGUUUCGUUUCGUUUGCUAUCAGGCUUGCAUUGUUGUCACAGCUCCAUUACAGACAGUAAACACACAUUGGGAGUUGAA